AUGUUUGAUGCGCUUCAAACUUUCUUUGACCACAUUGGUGUUGAGAAACCGUCUGAUCUUGAAGGACAGGAUGUGGAUGACUUACUCAGUCAUGGAGAGGAUGCCCUUCCGGAUGGUGGCCUAAUUUACGGUGUCAUCACUGGGCGCCUCAAGAAGUUUCUCCUCUAUGCAUCUGCCCCUUCAGUAGUCAUCGAUCCCACGAUUGGCAAACGUCAAGGCAUGAAGUUUUGCUGUCCAGAGGUUGAACCAUUCAAUGGCGAAUCUACUGUAUAUUGGCCUUGGACAUCUAAAGUUAUAGAACUUGCUCUAACGGAUGCAAAGUUCCAUGAACAAUCUACUUGGCACAAGGAUGCAUCAAGUCAGGGUUUCUACCCAAUCGCAAAAGCUCUGAAUGAUGGCACCGCUAGCCAUAUUGCCGAUGAAGUGAAAGAAAAGAAAGGACAAACUGUGGCCUACGAUCUUUACCAACAAUUACUGGAGACCUACAACUCUCCAGAGGAUCAGGCUCAUUUUGCAAUGUAUGCAAUUGACAAGUUGACUUCCAUCAAGUUGACUCACGACGUUACAGUUCCUCAUUUUAUUUCCAAUUGGAAGUCCAUUACUACAAGGUUGCGGAGAAGUAAUCAAUCACUGGCAACCAGCCAUGAGCUUCUCCGUGUUUUCCUCCUCAAGGCAAUUGUCUCUGAUACAUAG